CUUUGCCUAUUCAUGUCAUCUUGGGAAUCCACGUCGCUUGCCCUUUUGGCAGACCCCGAUAACUUCUCCCUCUGGCAACAGCUCAUCCAUACCUCGUCCAACCUAGAAUUAUCCAGAUCCUCCUAUCAAUCACUUCUCUCAAAAUACCCCCUCUUAUACAAAUACUGGUGUGGUUGGGCAGAGUUGGAGUUCAAGUCCCACCACUACGAAGAAGCUUGUACUGUCUACCAAAAGGCCUUGGUGGAAUUACCCUACUGUAUUGAAUUAUGGAUAAGUUACUUGAAUUUUAAAAUUAAUACAAUUUCAAAUAACCUAUUGGAUAUUUUGAAUAUUUUUGAAUCAGCCAGAUCAAAAAUAGGCCUUCAUUUCUAUAGUAACGAGUUUUACCAACUCUACUUGGACUUUUUAACUCAUUACUCGAAUUUCGAUAAUGAUAAAUAUAACUUUAAACUGAAAAAACUUCUCCUAUUAAGAAUGAUUAUCGAGAUCCCUUGCUACAAUUACCAAAGCAACUUUGAAGCCUUUCUCACUUGCCUAAAUGAUGAAGUAACUUUCCAAGAUUUACCCAAUCUUAUUCCUGAACAUGACCUUUCCCAUUUGAAACAAAUUUAUAAAAAUGAUUUAAAACUGGUGAAAUCAAAAUUGAAAACUAUUUUUACUAAUACUUAUAUAACCACUCAGUUUAAAACUUAUCAAUUAUUCAGAUUUGAAAAAAAAUUCUCCCAUCUUAAUUUCAUCCCUGAUAGUUCUAUUUCAAUUAACGAAUUCAAUAAUUGGUUAAACUACUUGGAUUUUAUCCAGUUAAAUAAGUUUUCAAAUGGUUUCGUCAUCUUGGCUUAUGAACGUUGCCUACUUGCAAACUCAACUAAUCCAAAAAUUUGGUUAAGAUAUUCCGAUUAUUAUAUAUCAAAAAAUAAAUUCAACUCUAGUAAACAAAUCUUAAACCGAGGAAUUAAAUUAUCAAAUAAUAUUCAAACCCUACUAAUCAAAUUAAUCGAUUUGGAAAUUUAUACUAAAAAUAUUUUGAAAGCAAAAAAUUUAUGUUUAAACUAUUUGAAAAAAAAUUACAACAUUCCUUUACAAAUUUAUGAAAAAUUAAUCAAUUUAGAACAUUUAAUUAAU